UAAGAAAGAGAUUUGUAGCUUUGACUUUAUGUAAGAGUGGGAAGAUCUCUUCCUUGGUCUUCAUAUUCCUUCUCUUUGUCUGAAACAGAAGCAGAAAAGACGGCUUAAGACCAAACAUCACAGGAACACACAAACACAGGAAUCUCCAAUCACUGUUACUAAGCCUCAGAUAAGGAAACCAUGUCAAUGAAAUGAAGCUUGGAUUCGGGGAGAAAUGGGGUGUGUGAUUAGCCGAGAAGUGUCAUCGGGAAUAGUCUCUGAGGUGAAGGAGGAGAAGAGUUUGAGGGUUGACUCCAACAAGAAGGUAGAUGAAGUGUCCACUAGCAGGGCUGAGGAUAGUGUGGUAGAGGUUCAGAAUGGUGACAAGGUUAAGGAGAAGAACGGAGAUAAGGGUGGUGAUAAUGGGGUUCGGCCGCCAAGGGGUGAAAGAAGAUCAAAGCUAAACCCAAACCCAAACCCAAACCCGAGGCUAAGUAAUCCUCCAAAGCAUUUGCAAGGGGAGCAAGUAGCAGCUGGAUGGCCAUCUUGGCUUACAACAGUGUGUGGGGAAGCCCUUAAUGGGUGGAUUCCGCGAAAGGCUGACACAUUUGAGAAAAUAGAUAAGAUUGGUCAAGGAACAUAUAGUAAUGUGUACAAAGCUAAAGACUUGUUGACGGGUAAGAUUGUUGCCCUGAAAAAGGUUCGAUUCGACAAUUUGGAACCUGAGAGCGUAAAAUUCAUGGCUAGAGAGAUUCUUGUUUUGCGAAGGUUGGAUCAUCCCAAUGUUAUAAAGCUAGAAGGUUUAGUUACAUCCAGAAUGUCCUGGAGUUUGUAUUUGGUGUUUGAAUACAUGGUGCAUGAUUUAGCUGGACUUUCUGCAAGCCCUGAUAUCAAGUUCACAGAGCCUCAGGUUAAAUGCUACAUGCAUCAACUGCUUUCAGGACUUGAGCACUGUCAUAAUCGGCGUGUACUUCACCGUGAUAUCAAAGGAUCAAAUCUUCUUAUAGAUGAUGAAGGAGUACUGAAAAUUGCUGACUUUGGACUUGCAUCUUUCUUUGAUCCAAACCGCAGGCAUCCGAUGACCAAUCGUGUAGUUACCCUGUGGUACCGACCUCCUGAAUUGCUUCUUGGUGCAACGGAAUAUGAUGUGGGUGUGGACCUUUGGAGUGCUGGUUGCAUUUUAGGAGAGUUAUUGGCUGGGAAACCAAUUAUGCCUGGUCGUACAGAGGUGGAACAACUACAUAAGAUAUACAAACUUUGUGGUUCACCUUCUGAUGAGUAUUGGAAGAAGUCAAAGUUGCCUAAUGCGACCUUGUUUAAACCUCGAGAGCCAUACAAAAGAUCCAUACGAGAGACAUUUAAAGAUUUUCCGCCUUCUGCUCUGCCCCUUAUUGACACUCUUCUUGCAAUUGAUCCAGCAGAACGGAAGAGUGCCUCAGAUGCUCUAAGAAGUGAGUUCUUUACCACAGAACCUUAUGCUUGUGACCCCUCUAGUCUUCCGAAAUAUCCCCCAACCAAGGAAAUGGAUGCUAAACGACGGGAUGAUGAAGCAAGGAGAUUAAGAGCUGCAGGCAAAGCUCAUGUUGAUGGUGGAAAGAAGCAUCGCACACGUGAUCGUGCUGUAAAAGCUUUUCCUGCUCCUGAGGCCAAUGCUGAGCUUCAGUCCAAUAUUAAUAGAAGGCGUCUAAUCUCUCAUGCUAAUGCCAAGAGCAAGAGUGAAAAAUUCCCUCCGCCGCAUGAAGAUGGACAUCUUGGUGUCCCUCUGGGAGCUUCAAAUCAUAUUGAUCCAGAUAAUGUGCCUCAUGAUGUCUCUUUGGGUUCAACCUCAUAUAUCUUUUCAAAGGUACCAUUCCAAGCUUGGUCAGGUCCCAUUGGUAAUUCUGCUACUAGCAUUGGUGUCACAGAGAAGAAGAAACACAAUGCAGGAUAUGCAUCGGAUAGAUCAAAACCACAUAAAGGUUCCAUCAAGGAUAAGGGUAAAGGAAAGAAAAUCAUAGCUUAGACAUUUAGUACAUUCUUAGAGUCAAAUUAAAAAUGAAUCUGUCCCUGCUGCUUCAUUUUUGGUAUCUGAGUCCAACUAUUGUGGAAUGUUCUCUUCUAAAAAUAUGUCCUGCUGCAUGCCUGCUUCCUGAAAGUUAAUUCCUUCUUACCAAGGGGUAAUUGAUUUUUCCCCAUUUUAAAACCUUCAUUUUCUUUUCAUAGUUUUUAUUUAUUGGUUUCCAUAUAGAUAGAGUUUUUUUGGGGAGGGGUGUUAAGUCUUGGUUUGAUAGAGAAUUACAAUGAUGUACAUCGUUUAUUUUUUUUAUAGCGUUUUUGGAACAACUUCUUACACCAGAAUCAAUUCUGACCCAAAACUACUCACAGAAGCUUCUCUCUAUAAUUAAUUUUGGCUUUAGAAUUAA